AUGAUGAGUCUGUCAUCUUAUUUUGAUGAUCCCGCAGGGAUCUUUGAAUUGGUGGAACUUGUUGGAAAUGGAACAUACGGGCAAGUUUAUAAGGGUCGUCAUGUCAAAACAGGCCAGCUUGCAGCCAUUAAGGUUAUGGAUGUCACAGGGGAUGAAGAGGAAGAAAUCAAACAAGAAAUUAACAUGUUGAAGAAAUAUUCUCAUCACCGGAAUAUUGCUACAUACUAUGGUGCUUUUAUCAAAAAGAACCCUCCAGGCAUGGAUGACCAACUAUGGUUGGUGAUGGAGUUUUGUGGUGCUGGCUCUGUCACUGACCUGAUCAAGAAUACGAAAGGUAACACGUUGAAAGAAGAGUGGAUCGCAUACAUCUGCAGGGAGAUAUUACGGGGGCUAAGUCACCUGCACCAGCAUAAAGUGAUUCAUCGAGAUAUUAAAGGGCAAAAUGUCUUGCUGACUGAAAAUGCAGAAGUUAAACUAGUUCCUGGGCGUACUGGGAAAAUGGUGAUAGAACUACCAAAGCCUGGAACUAGGAAGAGUGACUUGUGGUCUUUGGGAAUCACCGCUAUCGAGAUGGCAGAAGGUGCUCCCCCUCUCUGUGACAUGCACCCCAUGAGAGCCCUCUUCCUCAUCCCCCGGAAUCCAGCGCCUCGGCUGAAGUCUAAGAAGUGGUCAAAAAAAUUCCAGUCAUUUAUUGAGAGCUGCUUGGUAAAGAAUCACAGCCAGCGACCAGCGACAGAACAACUGAUGAAGCAUCCAUUUAUACGAGACCAACCUAAUGAGCGACAGGUCCGCAUCCAACUCAAGGAUCAUAUUGAUAGAACAAAGAAGAAGCGAGGAGAAAAAGAUGAGACAGAGUAUGAAUACAGCGGAAGUGAGGAAGAAGAAGAGGAGAAUGACUCAGGAGAGCCCAGCUCCAUUCUGAACCUGCCAGGGGAGUCGACGCUGCGGCGGGACUUCCUGAGGCUCCAGCUGGCCAACAAGGAGCGUUCUGAGGCCCUGCGGCGGCAGCAGCUGGAGCAGCAGCAGCGGGAGAACGAGGAACACAAGCGACAGCUGUUGGCCGAGCGCCAGAAGCGCAUCGAGGAACAGAAGGAGCAGCGGCGGCGGCUGGAGGAGCAACAAAGGCGAGAGAAGGAGCUGCGGAAGCAGCAGGAGAGGGAGCAGCGCCGGCACUACGAGGAGCAAAUGCGCCGGGAGGAGGAGAGGAGGCGCGCCGAGCAUGAGCAGGAAUACAUCAGGCGACAGUUAGAGGAGGAGCAGAGACAGUUAGAGAUCUUGCAGCAGCAGCUACUGCAUGAACAAGCUCUACUUCUGGAAUAUAAGCGCAAACAAUUGGAAGAACAGAGACAAGCAGAGAGACUGCAGAGACAGCUAAAGCAAGAGAGAGACUAUUUAGUUUCCCUUCAGCACCAGCGGCAGGAGCAGAGGCCCGUGGAAAAGAAGCCACUGUACCAUUACAAAGAAGGGAUGAGUCCUAGUGAGAAGCCAGCGUGGGCCAAGGAGGUAGAAGAACGGUCAAGGCUGAACCGGCAAAGUUCACCUGCCAUGCCUCACAAGGUUGCCAACCGGAUAUCUGACCCCAACCUGCCCCCAAGGUCGGAGUCCUUCAGCAUCAGUGGAGUUCAGCCUGCUCGGACGCCCCCUAUGCUCAGACCAGUCGAUUCCCAGAUCCCACAUCUGGUAGCUGUGAAAUCCCAGGGCCCCGCCUUGACCGCCUCCCAGUCAGUACACGAGCAGCCCACAAAGGGCCUCUCUGGGUUUCAGGAGGCUCUGAACGUGACCUCUCACCGCGUGGAGAUGCCGCGCCAGAACUCAGAUCCCACCUCUGAAAACCCUCCUCUCCCUACUCGUAUUGAAAAGUUUGACCGAAGCUCUUGGUUACGGCAGGAAGAAGACAUUCCACCAAAGGUGCCUCAAAGAACAACUUCUAUAUCCCCAGCGUUAGCCAGAAAGAAUUCUCCUGGGAAUGGUAGUGCUCUGGGACCCAGACUAGGAUCUCAACCCAUCAGAGCAAGCAACCCUGAUCUCCGGAGAACCGAGCCCGUCUUGGAGAGCCCCUUGCAGAGGACCAGCAGUGGCAGUUCCUCCAGCUCCAGCACUCCCAGCUCCCAGCCCAGCUCCCAAGGAGGCUCCCAGCCUGGAUCGCAAGCGGGAUCCAGUGAACGCACCAGAGUUCGAGCCAACAGUAAGUCGGAAGGAUCACCUGUGCUCCCCCAUGAGCCUGCCAAGGUGAAGCCAGAAGAAUCCAGGGACAUUACCCGGCCUAGUCGACCAGCUGGAGAAAUGGAUCUGACAGCAUUAGCCAAAGAAUUAAGAGAACUCCGGAUUGAAGAAACAAACCGCCCACUGAAGAAGGUGACUGAUUACUCCUCUUCCAGUGAGGAGUCUGAGAGCAGUGAAGAAGAGGAAGAAGAUGGAGAGAGUGAGACCCAUGACGGGACAGUGGCUGUCAGUGACAUACCCAGACUGAUACCAACAGGAGCUCCAGGGAGCAACGAGCAGUACAAUGUGGGAAUGGUCGGGACGCAUGGGCUGGAGACCUCUCACGUGGACACUUUCAGCAGCAGUAUUUCAAGAGAAGGAACUUUGAUGAUUAGGGAGACAUCUGGAGAGAAGAAACGAUCUGGCCACAGUGACAGCAAUGGCUUUGCCGGCCACAUCAACCUCCCAGACCUGGUGCAGCAGAGCCAUUCUCCGGCUGGGACCCCGACCGAGGGACUGGGGCGUGUCUCUACCCAUUCCCAGGAGAUGGACGCUGGGACUGAGUAUGGCAUGGGGAGCAGCACCAAAGCCUCCUUCACCCCCUUUGUGGACCCCAGAGUGUACCAGACAUCUCCCACUGAUGAAGAUGAAGAGGAUGAGGAAUCAUCAGCCACAGCUCUGUUUACUAGCGAACUUCUUAGGCAAGAACAAGCCAAGCUCAAUGAAGCAAGAAAGAUUUCAGUGGUGAACGUCAACCCAACCAACAUUCGGCCUCAUAGUGAUACACCAGAGAUCAGAAAAUACAAGAAACGGUUCAACUCAGAAAUACUCUGUGCGGCUCUGUGGGGUGUAAACCUUCUGGUGGGAACUGAAAAUGGCCUGAUGCUCUUGGACCGAAGUGGGCAAGGCAAAGUCUAUAAUCUGAUCAACCGGAGGCGAUUUCAGCAGAUGGAUGUGCUAGAGGGACUGAAUGUGCUUGUGACAAUUUCAGGAAAGAAGAAUAAGCUACGGGUGUACUAUCUUUCAUGGUUAAGAAACAGAAUACUACAUAAUGACCCAGAAGUGGAAAAGAAACAAGGCUGGAUCACUGUUGGAGACUUGGAAGGCUGUAUACAUUACAAAGUUGGUAAGUCUCAAGACAUGGAAUUCUAAGUUUGGUCUUUCAAAAGUGCAUUCAAAAUAAAAUCCUAGGCUCCAAGAAAGGGGCACAAAUGGUGAUUUUUAAAGUCUUUUGCAGAUCUCCAGCACAAGCCUCUGCUAGUGGAUCUCACAGUAGAAGAAGGUCAAAGAUUAAAGGUUAUUUUUGGUUCACACACUGGUUUCCAUGUAAUUGAUGUUGAUUCAGGAAACUCUUAUGAUAUCUACAUACCAUCUCAUAUUCAGGGCAAUAUCACUCCUCAUGCUAUUGUCAUCUUGCCUAAAACAGAUGGAAUGGAAAUGCUUGUUUGCUAUGAGGAUGAGGGGGUGUAUGUAAACACCUAUGGCCGGAUAACUAAGGAUGUGGUGCUCCAAUGGGGAGAAAUGCCCACGUCUGUGGCCUACAUUCAUUCCAAUCAGAUAAUGGGCUGGGGCGAGAAAGCUAUUGAGAUCCGGUCAGUGGAAACAGGACAUUUGGAUGGAGUAUUUAUGCAUAAGCGAGCUCAAAGGUUAAAGUUUCUAUGUGAAAGAAAUGAUAAGGUAUUUUUUGCAUCCGUGCGAUCUGGAGGAAGUAGCCAAGUGUUUUUCAUGACCCUCAACAGAAAUUCCAUGAUGAACUGGUAACAGAAGAGCACUUGGCACUUAUCUUCAUGGCGUUAUUUCUAAUUUAAAAGAACAUAACUCAUGUGGACUUAUGCCAGUCUAGAGGCAGAAUCAGAAGGCUUGGUUGAACAUAUCGCUUUCCCCUUUUCCUCUCCCUCUACCCCUUCCAAUACAGUCCAUCUUUCAAUGUUGCAGCCUGGUUGAGAAGGAGAGAAAAAGGUGGCAGGAAUUCCCAGGAGAUUCCCAAGAAUGCUGCCUUGUCUGUGGACAGAGAUGGACCAUGUGCCCUUUGGAGUUAGGGAUAAAAACAAAUAUUGUGUGCUCUUAUGAUUAAGCUGUGUUAUAGUGGGGUUUUGAGUUUUUUUCUUUUUUACCUUUUUUCUUUACCCUCUUACUCUGUAAGAAUGGGGAGAGAAUGCAUACUGAGAAAAUGAGUCUGUUUUCAAUUCCGUCUGCCUGCUAGCUUUAAGUAUACGGUAUGUUGUAAAAUUUCCAAUUUCCAGUGGUGAGAGACAGCACAAUAAAUGUACCUUAUCUCCUUACGCUGAAGGUUGUAACUGCAUAGUGAGAUAAUUUAAGAACUCUCUUGCCUUCACCAACCCAAAAGGUUGCUUUUUGAUGGCAACUGGCUAAUGAAUUUUUAAGAGAAGAAAAAUACUAGUUUUCCCCUCUUUUGGGAAAUACUUUUAAAUGGCUAAACUACUAGCCUUAGUCUAAUAAAAUCAACUACCACUUUUGUGAGUCUGACAGGCCGUAUUUUUAUAUGGCCCUUUACGGAAUGGAGUGUGUUGAAUGGGAUAGUAAUGCCAUUGCGUUGAGCUGGCCUAGCGACUGAGGGACUCUGUAACACAACUUUCCCUCAGCUAUUGUGCAGCAGAUCGGGGCAAAAGAUGGGAAGACAGAUGGGGUCAGACAGAAAGACCUUCUGGGAAACAAGCAUAUGUACUCCACUUUCAAAUGUGCAAAGCCUCCGCUGGGUUUGGGCUUCAUUAGGACUGAGACUUUGGUUGAGUUCUUUCUGGGAAUUGGGGCAUGAAUGACAUCCAGGCUCUAGACAUUCCCAGCUCUCUCCGGAGGGUGCCACUUUCUCAAGAUGAAAACUGUGACUGAAAAAAAAUUAAUAAUAAAUGUUUCUGAGCUGCCUGUGUUCUCCCUGGGUGGGUGAGAGAAGGGACUAGACUCCUAAGCCUGCCUCAGAUACAGCAGGCAUCACUGGCUCAGAUUUUAAAGAACUUGAAAGCAAGGCUUUGGCCAAAAUUCUGAGACCCCAAUCACUUUACCUUCCUCCAAAUUACCCAACAUACGGUAAAAACAUUUGUGUAGAGAUAUGUAUGUAUUUAGUUCAGGUUGACUUGUGUCCUUAUAAACUCUUACUCAAAUGAUUUGAA